ACCCGGCCGGACUCUUUGGAAGCUCCCAAGCCUCGCUGCGAGUCACCAGCAUCCAGCUGAGUCUGGCUGCAGGAGCGCACGCUCUGGCACGCACGCAGAGCGGCGGCAGAGGCGCGUUGACCGGACAGAGCGGGAUGGACGCCUCGGCUCAGCCGAAAGCUGCUGGAGUUUGUCUGGUUGGGAGGUGCUGGGGCUGAGGGCGCGAUGAGGAGCGAACCGUCAGUUUCCAUUUCAUUUGCUGUCUUUACGCAGGCGGGAGAGGUGCGCUCUGCCGCCUGACGCUAAUCCGCUUGCCGGGGAGGAGCAGAGGGGGGGAGAUCUCUCUCCUGGCUGAAGCGGAGUGAGAGGGGAGGAACCGCAGGUUAAGUCGGACGCGGACCAAGAGCGUGUGGUCAUAUGGACCUACUGUAGUUGGCAGGCAGGCUGCUGGGAUUCCUCUUGGCACGAUGAGCGGGCCAACGAAAGUUAAGUACCAGUCGGGCCUCUAUGGAGGAAACCACAACAGCAGCAGCUCUCCUGUCUCCAGCAGAGGAAGUUCACCAAUCAUGUGUGAGCGCUGUAGGGAGGCUUGUCGUGGGGAGGUGGUGCGCGUCAAGAACACUCACUUCCACGUUCACUGCUUCACCUGCCAAGCUUAGGAGAACCUCUGAGACUGCGUCCAUUUCUCCUUCAGGUUCCUCUCCUCUCCUCGGCUCCCCUCACCGGCUCAUCUGUUCCUUGGGCACCUUAUCGCCAUACUCUCAUGAUCUCUUGGACAGCGUAGAGUUGAGAAAGAGGCUUUCCUCCAGCUCCGCCUUCACAGAGUCUCCUGCGCAUAGCCACCACGGGGGAUCCCCGCUGCAUUAUUACCAUCCCGGCAGUGAGAGUGGCAGGAGUUCACCCUGUUACACGCAACCAGAGCCCAGGUGUACCACUCCCACCACCUCCACCUUCCAAGUUCCCAAGCAUUUCCAUGUCCCAGCGUCUGAAGAAAGCAACAUUUACAGGAAACCCCCCAUCUACAAGAGACAAGACAUUCCUGCCUCUCCAACCAAUAGGAACUCCAAUUAUUUUCCCUAUGGUGGCUCCCCGAAAGUCUCCAGGGUGAGGAGGUUUUCAUCUGGAGGAGAAGAGGAUGGAUGGAAUCAUAACAUAAACAAGGGAAUCGGCAGGAUGAUACUAAAGGAGGAGAUGAAGGCACGAUCAGCGGGUCAGGAUAACAACCACUGGAGGAGCGCGCGCAGCUCCCAGAGUAACAGCAAGGAGACGCUAAACAAUCUGGAAUACAGCUCCCUUAAUGGCUCUCCCAGGUCCACAUUAAGUGCAGACAACGACUCUUACACUGCCAAAUCUGCCUCGUUGCCAGGCUACGGCAGGAACGCACUGAACAGGCCCGGGAGUGCAAGCACAGAUUAUUACCAGUACGACAGCAGUAAUGCAGUUAACUGGCAGAUAAGAGAAUACAAGAUCUACCCAUAUGAAGCUCUCGUGGUGUCAGUAAGAGGGCAGCAGCGUCUUCCCAGUGAUGUGGAUAGAGCCCGUUUAGAGCGUCACCUCUCACCUGAGGAGUUUUACAGAGUCUUUGGCAUGUCCAUGUCUGCCUUUGACCGCCUGGCUCAGUGGAAAAAGAACGAACUGAAGAAACAGGUCCGACUCUUUUAGGAAAAGUCACAAAAUCCAGUCCGGUCUGCUUCAGUCCAGGCGGAACAUCAACAGCACUCUGAAUGCAAUGCAAUGCAACGUGACUGUACGCUUGAAGGAAAGCAUUCAACCUGACAUGCUGUAACUGAUAUGCACUAAGGCUUAUUGAGCAAUAAGUAUAAGGGCAUCUAGGGCAAAAUUGGAUGAUGGAAGGCUGCAAGAGAUGUGCUGAUGCUUCAACAGACAGACGGGGAAUAGAAUGAGCGGUGAAGCCGUGUUUCCAUCUUGUACCAACAGAUGGCAGUGUGUUGCAGUAUAAGAUUCAGAGGCACUUUAAUACAUUCCGCCACAGAAAGAUUCAUG